AAGGCAGAUCAGCUGUUCGCGAUGGUGCAACUGUUUAGUUUUUUACUAAAAUCCACAAAAUCGCCCGCGCGAGCACACUUCCGUUCCAACUUCUUGGACACACUGCGUCUAACGGUGCGCGGAGGACAUGGCGGCAACGGAUUACCCCGAUAUGGUGGCGUUGGGGGGCAGGGCGGCUGUGUCUACUUUGUGGCCAAGGAAGGCCUGACGCUGCGUAAGGUGGCGCAGGGCCUGAAGGAUAAACGGGUGCUCGCCUCCAGUGGUGAGGACAGCAGCAAGUUGAGUAUUUUCGGAAAGCGCGGAGUUGAUCAGCGCAUAGAAGUUCCCGUGGGAGUGCAAGUCUAUGAUGAGCAGCAGAAACUGCUGGCAGAUCUGAAUGAACACGAUGCCACCUGCAUUGUGGCAGGCGGCGGCACUGGCGGCUGCACCGGCAACAAUUUCAUAGGACGACCUGGCGACAAUCGCACUGUGAGUCUGGAUCUCAAGCUGAUUGCCGACGUGGGUCUGGUUGGAUUUCCCAAUGCGGGAAAGAGCACACUGAUCAAAGCCAUUUCCAACGCCAAGCCAAAGAUAGCCGCCUAUCCUUUCACCACCAUUCGUCCCCAGAUCGGGACCAUUGAGUACAGCGACUUGCGGUCCAUCAGCGUGGCCGACUUACCAGGACUCAUCGAAGGAGCACACGCUAAUUUCGGCAUGGGUCACAAGUUCCUCAAGCACAUUGAGCGCACUCGUUUGCUGCUCUUUAUGGUGGACAUCUUCGGAUUUCAGUUGAGUCCACGACAUCCGCAUCGCGACUGCUUGACCAACAUCUAUGCCCUCAACAAAGAGCUGGAGCUCUAUGAUCCCAUAUUGUUGGAGAAGCCCUGCGUCCUGCUGCUCAAUAAAAUGGACAAGGAGGGCGCCAAGGACAUCCUAACGAGGCUGAAGCCGAGAAUUACAAAUCUGGAUAGUGGUCUAUCUGAAUGCCCGGAGGAAGUGCGACCUAAACGAGUCCUCAGAUUUCAGCACAUUUUACCCAUUUCGGCCAAGAACUCGGCGGGAAUAACGCAAGUAAAGAAACAGCUACGAGAAACGCUGGACGAGGUGGCAGCAGAGCACUUAUUAACUGAUAACCACAUGAUAAAAGAGAAAUUGCAGCAACGUAUGGGUGUAAUAGGUCCCAAAAUCACAUAAUAAAUGUUAUUAUCCUGUUUACUUUUAUU